AUGUCCUGCGGUGAUGCGAAACUCAACCACCCUGCGCCUCACUUCAAUGAGGUGGCGCUGAUGCCUAAUGGCACUUUCAAGAAAGUUGAUCUCGCCUCUUACAGGGGAAAGUGGGUGGUACUAUUCUUUUAUCCUCUCGACUUCACGUUUGUGUGCCCUACUGAAAUCUGCCAAUUCUCUGACCGCGUGAAGGAGUUCAACGACGUCGAUUGUGAGGUUAUUGCAUGCUCAAUGGACAGCGAAUUCUCACAUCUUGCAUGGACAAAUGUUGAACGCAAGAAGGGUGGAUUGGGGACGAUGAACAUUCCCAUCCUCGCUGAUAAAACGAAAUCAAUCAUGAAGGCUUAUGGUGUACUUAAGGAGGAAGACGGUGUUGCAUACCGCGGUCUUUUCAUCAUUGACCCCCAACAGAACCUUCGUCAAAUUACCAUCAACGAUCUUCCAGUUGGUCGUAAUGUUGACGAAACACUUCGACUUGUGAAGGCCUUCCAGUUUGUGGAAAAACACGGUGAGGUGUGCCCCGCUAACUGGAAACCUGGAAGCAAGACAAUGAAGGCUGAUCCCAACGGAUCCCAAGAUUACUUCAGCAGCAUGAACUAA